CAGAGCGUCACAUCUCUCCAAACGCCCAUCAAACUUUCACCACAGCCUGUAGAGUAGAGCCAGUCCUCAGAAAGAGGCCUGACAGAGACAACGAGGACGCGCUGGAUUCUGGGAGGACGACUGGACAGCGAUGGAGACACUAAAGGCGAUGACUUUUGGUACAGUUUGACCCUUUUCUUAUUCGCACUGAAAACAUCCUGUUCCGGGCUUUUUUCUUCAUCCCUUUCUGCGAUUAAAAAAAAAGACGACAAUGGAGCAAGCACCCAGCGCGCCGAGCCCGCCUCCAAAACCGGCACAUCACGAGCCCAUCAGCUUCGGCAUCGACCAAAUCCUGGGAGCCGGGACAGAGCCAGAAAACGCGCGCACGGCUGGAAGACAGAGUGAAUCCGAUUUAAGCAGCGGAGACGGUUAUUAUAGUUUGGGAAGCCCGACCGGGGCCAGCGCGCCCUCGUACACCGCGCUGUCAAUUUCCCUCUCCGGUAUAAUGUCUCCAAUGGAGGCUUCUGGUUCAUACGGUGAGAACAGAGGUCUGGGUAGUCGGGGAGUGAUUCGAGUCCCGGCCCACAGACCCAUGGCAUCCACAGGACCCCCAGCCCCUGUCCAGGGCGCUGUGCCUGGGUUUGGAGGACUGUGUUUCCCCUGGAUCGGAAACAGGUUCGCCAAGGACAGAAUAUCAGCCGCUCUGGUGCCGUUCGCCGUUACGCGGCGGAUAGGACACCCGUACCAGAACCGGACGCCUCCCAAACGGAAAAAGCCUCGCACGUCCUUCUCCAGAGUCCAGAUCUGCGAGCUGGAGAAGCGCUUCCACCGGCAGAAGUAUCUGGCCAGCGCCGAGCGCGCAGCUCUGGCCAAGAGCCUGAAGAUGACAGACGCACAGGUCAAAACCUGGUUUCAGAACCGCAGGACCAAGUGGAGGAGACAGACAGCCGAGGAGAGGGAGGCGGAGCGUCAGCAGGCCAACCGCCUCAUCCUGCAGCUGCAGCAGUCCGCCCUCCAGAAGUCCCUCAGCGAAUCAGCGGUGUCGGAUCCACUGUGCGCCCAUAACUCCUCCCUGUAUGCCCUGCAGAACCUCCAACCCUGGGUCGAGGAAAGGGAGUAGAGACCAAAACAAGCACUCUGCAAUCAAUAAGCAUCAUCUGUUGUCCCUGGGAGGAUGAAUAAAUUCAAUUAGGCCUACAUGAGGACAGUGGGACUUAUUUUUGCUUCAUGCAAUGGAGAGAAGAAAGAAAAAAAAACAAAAAUGUGGGGAAAAGAAAAAAACAACUGAGGAGUGGGCCACAGCCUUGUGGGUGGACUUCAGCUGAUGGUGAGUGAUGCCUGUUUUUAAGCAGAAACAGAACCGUUCUUGGACUAAAUCUUGGAAGUAUACACUUUGGAGCAGUUGGACUUUUCAAAAGAGGAAUUAAAAACAGAAUUUGUCAUUAAAGUUUCUUGUCACCCAGUGAUUAUUGUCCUCUUAUGUUUGUGCUUAUUCUGUUUAUUAGACUAAGCAGGAGCGAGACAUUAUUAACCUAUAGGCUUUAAGGAGUUAGUCACAGCACACGUUAUUAUUAUUUCUUACGUUUGCUUUCAACGCAGAUAUUAUUCUUAUUAUCAGUUUUAAAUAAGAGUCUUUUACAAAAUACAGAUCACAUUCUUCCUUUAAAUUGCUCUGGUGCUAUAUUUACGCUCCGGCGACAUUGAACCACCUGCUCAUACUGUACACAGAUGUGGUGCAACACCUUAGCUCAACAAAAUGAUGCUUAAAUGUUAUGUUAUGGGAGGAUUUAGCUGGAGGAGAGAGGUGGGGAGAAUAUGAGACGGUGUAAUAAAGGCAGUGAUGCAUGUUUAGCGAUGGUGGUGAUGUUUUUUUUGUUUGUUUUCUUUUCAUACGCACAUUAUCAUCAUGCUUUAUUUGUGGGCCAUAUAUCUCU